AUGGAGCCUCAAGAGGAGAAGCCCAUUAUUUACACAAUGGAGAACAAGCCGAUUGUGACAUGUGAGUGUUUUGUUGGUGGGGUGAUGUUGCAGUCGUUUUAUUCAGCCCGACAGCUAUUUGUAGCGAGGUCUGUGAGUUUGACACAGCUCGGGGCAAGUCAGCCAGUUGCCGCCGCAUAUCAGUGGCCUUAAAUAAUGGUCUGGCUUUGUAACGUCAGCACCAUUUCUUGCAGUAACAGUGACCGUCGCCGCCUGACAAAUUGAUAACGUCCAUUGAACCAUCUUCAAUCGCAGUUUCUUUCCUUAUCAUUUUAUGAUGAUAUAUGUAUUAGGCUAUGCUACUAUAUCAGCUAAUGGAGACAGAUAAUAUUUGCUGUCCUUCUCCUUACGACACAGCUCGCGAUGCAAUUUCUGCAACCUGCUGUCAUCACGCAAGAAUGCACCUGACUGGAUACAUAACAUCUAGCUUAGCCGGGGGCCACACAAAUUAAUGAAUCUUUAGGCUAUGUACAGACAGAGGCUACAGUGUGAGUGUGUGUGGGGAGAAACUCCUCUGUUGGCCUUUCAAGUGAGCUUCUCAGAAUUUUUAUUUUAAGCUCUGGCCUGCUUGUCCCUGGACCACCAUGGCUGGCUGGUCAACAAGCUCUCACAGUCAGGUCAGAAUUAGGUUAAUCCAUGUUUCUCAAAAGUCAAAUUUGAGAAGUUGUUCCAAACAUAAAAUUUCAAACGGUUUAAGGUUAAGUUUAGUCAUUAACUCCGAAUUUUAAGGUUAGGCAUUAACUCCGAAUGGUUAAGGUUUGGGAUAGGCUUAAAACAAAAAUAAAAAAAACAACUUUCUAUCACUGGAUUCGAACAUGCAACCUUUGGCACCAGACAAAGAUGCCCAUCCGCCGUCACCAUCCACAACACAAUCGCAAAACUGAAACCUACUUGAAGGCAACAGCGCUCACUGUUGCCCCUAGUGGCCGGUUUUUCACGUAAUCUCCCAACGUCCUCAGACAUGGAUGGAUGUCAAAUACUGACUUGUAUCACAGGUGACCUGUCUGGGCUGGUAGCCUAUGGGCUUAAUAUACUAUACUUCUGGCAGCCGAUUAAACUCAACUCCAUUAUGAAGUUGAGCGGCGACUAGUGUGGGUGGACGUCACAUGAAAUUAUGUUUUUUUAAAUCAAAAACGACUUAUUGUUUCGUGUAAUUCUGUGUAGCUCAGUUGGUAGAGCAUGGCGCUUGCAACGCCAGGGUUGUGGGUUCGUUUCCCACGGGGGGACCAGUAUGAAAAUGUAUGCACUCACUAACUGUAAGUGGCUCUGGAUAAGAGCGUCCGCUAAAUUACUCAAAUGUAAAAUGUAUUCUUUGGGUGCUGAAAUCAGUAGUUUAAAAAAAUAAAAAACGUCAUUUUAUGUGACGUCAGAGCACUAGUCCGCCCACACUAGUCGCCGCUCAACUCCAUCAUAAAUCGUGGAGUUGAGUUUAGUCGGCUACGAAUUUUCAUCAUAGGUACACGUCAACUAUGACAGACAAAAUGAGAAGAAUUUUUUUGGGGGGGAUUUUAUUUUCUCAUUUUGUCUGUCAUAGUUGACGUGUACCUAUGAUGAAAAUUACAGGCCUCUCUCAUCUUUUUAAGUGGGAGAACUUGCACAAUUGGUGGCUGACUAAAUACUUUUUUUCCCCACUGUACCUACUAUUAGAGGCAACAACAGGAUUUACUAGUAGAGCUAUACAGCGUCGGUCCCUGAACAGCCCUAUUCACAAGGGCAAAGUCUCAGCUUUAUUGGGCAGCACACUUGCAGCGUUUGUAUGACUGAAAGGUCAAUUAGAUUAGAAGUCCAAUGGCUGUUUGCCUGUGACAGACACACAAAACAGCAGCAAUAGAAGCCUCACAAGGAAAUGCUACAUUCUCCCUUUGCAUGUGUACGGACAGUGUGUUAGAAUAUUCCCACAGCUUAAUUAUGUCAAGCCUUGCUAUGUUUCUUAGUCCUGAAUGCCCAGCAGUGGGCUUUGCUUUGCUGUAGUCAGUUUACAACAAGAGUGCUGUUACCAAGAGACAGAAUUUGUCUCACCAUCACAUUUCUGAACAGGUGUUGCUCUUUCCCCCCUCCCUCGCCACUCUUAAUCACACAGGGUACGUUUGGUUCUGGGGGUCUGGUGGGGGAUGGGGUACCUUCUGUCAUUUCACCCUAUAACCACACAGGGAACGUUUGGUUCUGGGGGGUCUGAUGGGGGAUGGGGUACCUUCUGUCAUUUCACCCUAUAACCACACAGGGAAAUAAAGGUUGGUUCUGGGGGUCUCAUGGGAUAUUGGGUACCUUCCCUCAUAUCACCCUUUAACCACACAGGGAAAGGUUGGUUCUGGGGGUCUAGUGGGGUAUGGGGUACCUGCCCUCAUUUCACCCUUUAACCACACAGGGAAAGGUUGGUUCUGGGGGUCUAGUGGGGUAUGGGGUACCUGCCCUAAUUUCACCCUUUAACCACACAGGGAAAGGUUGGUUCUGGGGGUCUAGUGGGGUAUGGGCUUCCUUUUUUCAUGUCAGUAUCUUCAACACAUGUGGGUUUUUUUUUUUCAGCAGGGGAAAAAAAGUAUUUAGUCAACCACCAAUUGUGCAAGUUCUCCCACUUAAAAAGAUGAGAGAGGCCUGUAAUUUUCAUCAUAGGUACACGUCAACUAUGACAGACAAAAUGAGAGAAAAAAUAUCCAGAAAAUCACAUUGUAGGAUUUUUUAUGAAUUUAUUUGCAAAUUAUGGUGGAAAAUAAGUAUUUGGUCAAUAACAAAAGUUUCUCAAUACUUUGUUAUAUACCCUUUGUUGGCAAUGACACAGGUCAAACGUUUUCUGUAAGUCUUCACAAGGUUUUCACACACUGUUGCUGGUAUUUUGGCCCAUUCCUCCAUGCAGAUCUCCUCUAGAGCAGUGAUGUUUUGGGGCUGUCGCUGGGCAACACGGACUUUCAACUCCCUCCACAGAUUUUCUAUGGGGUUGAGAUCUGGAGACUGGCUAGGCCGCUCCAGGACCUUGAAAUGCUUCUUACAAAGCCACUCCUUCGUUGCCUGGGCGGUGUGUUUGGGAUCAUUGUCAUGCUGAAAGACCCAGCCACGUUUCAUCUUCAAUGCCCUUGCUGAUGGAAGGAGGUUUUCACUCAAAAUCUCACGAUACAUGGCCCCAUUCAUUCUUUCCUUUACACGGAUCAGUCGUCCUGGUCCCUUUGCAGAAAAACAGCCCCAAAGCAUGAUGUUUCCACCCCCAUGCUUCACAGUAGGUAUGGUGUUCUUUGGAUGCAACUCAGCAUUAUUUGUCCUCCAAACACGACGAGUUGAGUUUUUACCAAAAAGUUCUAUUUUGGUUUCAUCUGACCAUAUGACAUUCUCCAAAUCCUCUUCUGGAUCAUCCAAAUGCACUCUAGCAAACUUCAGACGGGCCUGGACAUGUACUGGCUUAAGCAGGGGGACACGUCUGGGACUGCAGGAUUUGAGUCCCUGACGGCAUAGUGUGUUACUGAUGGUAGGCUUUGUUACUUUGGUCCCAGCUCUCUGCAGGUCAUUCACUAGGUCCCCCCGUGUAGUUCUGGGAUUUUUGCUCACCGUUCUUGUGAUCAUUUUGACUUCACAGGGUGAGAUCUUGCGUGGAGCCCCAUAUCGAGGGGGAUUAUCAGUGGUCUUGUAUGUCUUCCAUUUCCUAAUAAUUGCUCCCACAGUUGAUUUCUUCAAACCAAGCUGCUUACCUAUUGCAGAUUCAGUCUUCCCAGCCUGGUGCAGGUCUACAAUUUUGUUUCUGGUGUCCUUUGACAGCUCUUUGGUCUUGGCCAUAGUGGAGUUUGGAGUGUGACUGUUUGAGGUUGUGGACAGGUGUCUUUUAUACUGAUAACAAGUUCAAACAGGUGCCAUUAAUACAGGUAACGAGUGGAGGACAGAGGAGCCUCUUAAAGAAGAAGUUACAGGUCUGUGAGAGCCAGAAAUCUUGCUUGUUUGUAGGUGACCAAAUACUUAUUUUCCACCAUAAUUUGCAAAUAAAUUCAUUAAAAAUCCUACAAUGUGAUUUUCUGGAUUUUUUUUUUCUCAAUUUGUCUGUCAUAGUUGACGUGUACCUAUGAUGAAAAUUACAGGCCUCUCUCAUCUUUUUAAGUGGGAGAACUUGCACAAUUGGUGGCUGACUAAAUACUUUUUUCCCCCACUGUAUGUGUCUGGGAACAGAACACUAGGAGAGAGGGGUGACAGCCGGCAGGCCGGAUUGAGUGGAGCUGGAUUGUAGGGCAGGGCUAUUCAAUUCCAGUCCUGAAGUUCGACUUGCUAUUUUAAAUGAACAUAUAAUCCUGUGUUGACAGGCUCUUAUUGGGUAUCAGGGGAUUUUCUGUUCUGCUCACUCUCUCUCUCUCUCCUCCUUCCUUUCCUCUUCCUCUUCCCUAAUCUCCCCCCCCUCUCUCCACCAGGCGCUGGGGACCAGACCUUGUUCACAUCUCUCUACACCCAUUUGGCCCAGCAGCUUCCCAGGGAACCAAUGGAGUGGAGGAGGUGAGUGUUGACAAGAUGUGCCAGGAUGUAAUUGGUCUAAUUGAAACCGUUUUUUUUUUGGUACUGCUGAAUGGAUUUGUCGACCUAUAUGUUGGUUUAAUGGUCCAUGCUAGAUAAGAGCAUCUCAGUGUAUACACAUUAUAAUGUAUAAACUCCUUAUAGACCGUCUAUAUCAUAAUGGUUUUUUAAAUCUCCAGGUCGUAUGGACGAGCACCAAAGAUGAUCCAUCUAGAGGCCAACUUUGUCCAGUUCAAAGAGGAGCUCCUCCCUAAAGAGGGAAACAAAACUCUCCUCACCUUCCCUUUCCUCCAUAUCUACUGGACAGACUGCUGUGUAAGUGGUGGCGUGCCCGUUUCAUGUAAACACACACACACACGCACACAAUUCUACUGUCCAUAGUCUGUUACAUCCCACCAUAUCUAGAUGAUUUUGAUCCAGAGUGGAUUAUUAGUGCACAAGGUCCUAUGAACAGGCAGCAGAUGGAUGGCUGACAGACAAAACACAUUACAUGUUGUGUAUUCAAGCUGGUCCACAUAUUGUUUGCGUUUAGUCCCAGGAGGAUCCUUCUACUAUUCUCCUUAGUGUGUGUGUGUGUGUGUGUGUGUGUGUGUGUGUGUGUGUGUGUGUGUGUGUGUGUGUGUGUGUGUGUGUGUGUGUGUGUGUGUGUGUGUGUGUGUGUGUGUGUGUGUGUGUGUGUGUGUGUGUGUGUGUGUGUCUGUGUCUGUGUGUCUGUUUGUUCUCCUAAUGAGUGUAAACUGGCUGGCCCCUCAGUUUGUUCAGGGGGAUUAGGGAGAGAGCUGUUCAGUGGAAAAGUGCUAAGGAAACAGAAACAGCGGUUGAUGUACUAAAAGGGCAGUUUACUUGUUUAAUGAAGUGCAGUCCAGUCAGCGACUCGUGACCGACGUAGGAAACAUUGCGUAACGGAUAGCUAUUGCAGGGAGCCUUUUGUGUGAGAAGCUCUUUAGUUCUUUAGUAUCUCAAGGCUGUUGGACUCAUUUAAAGAUGUCAUUCACAAGCAUUCAUCCAGGACAUUGAAGUACGAUAUAGCAAUGACCAGAGGAGGCUCCUCAGAGGAGGAAGGAGAGGACCAUCCUCAGUGAAUUUCAUAAAAAUUAAAAUUGUAAAACAUUUAAAAAAAGUUAUCCUUUUUAGAUAAAACUAUACUAAAAAUAAUAACAUGUCACAAAAUAAUUCAUUAAAACGCACUAUUUUGCAAAGAAAGUCUACAGUAGCCUCAACAGCACUCUGUAGGGUAGCACCAUGGUGUAGCCGGAGGACAGCUAGCUUCCGUCCUCCUCUGGGUACAUUGACUUCAAUACAAAACCUAGGAGGCUCAUGGUUCUCACCCCCUUCCAUAGACUUACACAGUAAUUAUAACAACUUUAGGAGGACGUCUAUCCAGCCUAUCAGAGCUCUUUCAGCAUGAACUGACAUGUUGUCCACCCAAUCAAAGGAUCAGAGAAUUAUCUAGUACUUAAAGCAUAAGCUACAGCUAGCUAGCACUGCAGUGUAUAAAAUGUGGUGAGUAGUUGACUCAAAGAGAGAGAAAGACAAUUGUUGAACAGUUUUUAACAAAUCAAUUUAUUCCAAAAUGAAGGAGAAGCAAGCAAGAGCGAGAGAGAGAGAUUUUGUCAUUUCUUUUCACUUACUUAGCCAGCAAAUGCAGCUAAUUGAGCCUACUGAAACACCCUGCUCAAACAGAGGGUUGCUAUGUUAGCUAGCUGGCUAUGACUUUCCAACACAACACUAGAACUCUUCCAAGUCAUGGUAAGCUUUUGGUUUUACUAAUUUAUUGCCACCGGGGCCCCGCCGGUCUAACUGCUAAACUGCUUACUGACUGUACACUGUAACAUUACUGCAUGAUUGUAGUGGGUUUUACUAACGCGUUAGUUCUAUUAGCAAUGCUGACUAUGACGUUACUUUAGCUAAUAUGGUGACAACGAUGUAGGCUGUUUGUAGCGGUUUGGCUUGGAAAAGUUUUUUUUGCCUGGUCACCUACAGCUGAUGUGUUGUGCAUUGAUGUCCACAAGCGAAGGGAAGAGGUGAGAGGAGGAGAGCGCGUAGAUGCGACAAGGAAUACAAAGUGGCUGCUAUGAAAGUAAACUGUGUUUUACGUGUGAUCAGGGGUGUAUUCAUUCCGCCGAUUCUGUUGAAAAACUUUUCUUAAACGGAAGCAAACGGUACAAAACGGGGAUAAACAUACCUGAAUUUGUCCAAUAGAAACUCUUGUUUGCAACGGUUGGACUAAUGAUUACACCCUAGAUCAGCUAGAUGCAGGCAAGAGUGUGCAAGGCGGUAUUGAAUGUGUCGCUGUCCAUGUGUCACUGUCUGUGACCUCAAAUGUGUCUCUCGACCUGUGUGCACCUACGUUGUAAACUUUCAUUCAUAGGCUAGGUUGUAGCAACCUCAUGAUGGGUACAGGGAAAAUUCGAGUAUCAUGUAGUAGCCUAAACCUAACGCUGUUACAUUGAACUUGGUGAAUGGAAUAUGAAUGAGAGUCAUCCAAUAUGCUGUAAUAGAAAUAAGGCCAUGCUCAUGAGAAAGAAAAAUCGUCCUCCCUCAUCAUAAACGGCCCUGACCGCCACUGUUAAUGACUCCUGUAGCGGUUUGCACCAGUAGUAUUUCCUGGCAAUUGAUGCCCUGAAAAGUGACUGGAGAUACCGUUUAUUUGACUCGUAAUGUGAGAGUUACUUUAUGAUGGUCUGUAUCAAUGUCUGAACAAUGAACACACAAAACAUACCUCAUUAUUAUUAUUAUUAUUAUUAUUAUUAUUAUUAUUAUUAUUAUUAUUAUUAUUAUUAUUAUUAUUAGGGGUUGAGAAAGGACUAACCAAUGAGUUAUAACUGAUUUCUAAAUGAUUUCUAAACAACAUUAUGAAUGAAUAAUGAACCGUCAAUAAACCCUCUAGGACACAGAGGUGUACAAGGCAUCAGUGAGGGACGACAUGAUGAGGUGGCAGGGCAACCUGCGGCUCCACGGGUCAGCUGACUGGGUCAUCGUUGUUGUGGAGACCAGCGAUGCCAAGAAGAAGAACAAGACCAACAUCCUGCCUCGCUCCUCCUUAGUGGACAAGAUCCGCAAUGACUUCUGUAACAAGCAGAACGACCGGUGAGACACACAUUACAACACAGGAUACAAACAAAAUGGACACACAUUACAACACAAGAUACAAACAAAAUGGACACACAUUACAACACAAGAUACAAACAAAAUGGACACACAUUACAACACAGGAUACAAACAAAAUGGAGGCUGGAAAUGAGAAACACAAAUAGCCACAAGACAGAUUUGAUCUGACAGAUCAGAACAAAAUGACUGGUGGAAAUCUCUGCCUUCUCUCUCUCUCUCUCUCUCUCUCUCUCUCUCUCUCUCCUCUCCCUCUCUCUCCCCCUCCCUCCCUCCUAGGUGUGUGGUUCUGUCAGACCCUCUAAAGGACUCGUCCAGGUCUCAGGAGUCGUGGAGUGCCUUCCUGCUAAAGCUGAGGACUCUGCUGUUGAUGUCCUUCACUCAGAACCUGGGACGCUUCGAGGAUGACAUGCGCACACUCCGGGAGAAACGCAAUCAGCCCGGUUGGAGCUUCUGUGACUACUUCAUGGUACAGGUAGGUCCGUGCUUGUCUGUCUGUGUGUGUUUCACGUGAGAGCAUGUCUCCGGUGUGAAUAUGUGGUUGUAUACAGGAAGAAGAGGAUGUGUAUGUAUUGUGUGUGUGUGUGUAUAUAUGAGUCUAUAUCAGUUUCUGAGCUGUAGGUUUGAUCACGUGUGGUGUGUGUGUGUAUCUGAUCUGUGUUUUUGUUGUGUGCAGGAGGAGUUGGCCUUUGUGUUUGAGAUGCUGCAGCAGUUUGAGGAUGCUCUGAUCCAGUAUGACGAGCUGGAUGCGCUCUUCACUCAGUAUGUCCUUAACUUCGGGGCUGGAGGUACAUAUCUAGCCACAAACUCACUCAUGCUUUAUAAGUCAUCUCAUAUAUAUAAUAUUAUGUGCCCAUUUAGCGGACGCUUUUAUCCAAAGCGACUUACGGUCAUGCGUGCAUACAUUUUACGGACGGGUGGCCCUGGGAAUCAAACCCACAAUCCUGGCGUUGCAAGCACCAUGCUCUACCAACUGAGCUAAAGGACCACAUACAUGUAUAGCCACAAACUCCCUCUCACAGAGCAGCACGUCUCCCUCUCACAGAGCAGCACGUCUCCCUCUCACAGAGCAGCACGUCUCCCUCUCACAGAGCAGCACGUCUCCCUCUCACAGAGCAGCACGUCUCCCUCUCACAGAGCAGCACGUCUCCCUCUCACAGAGCAGCACGUCUCCCUCUCACAGAGCAGCACAUCUCCCUCUCACAGAGCAGCACAUCUCCCUCUCACAGAGCAGCACGUCUCCCUCUCACAGAGCAGCACGUCUCCUUCUCACAGAGCAGCACGUCUCCCUCUCACAGAGCAGCACGUCUCCCUCUCACAGAGCAGCACGUCUCCCUCUCACAGAGCAGCACAUCUCCCUCUCACAGAGCAGCACGUCUCCCUCUCACAGAGCAGCACGUCUCCUUCUCACAGAGCAGCACGUCUCCCUCUCACAGAGCAGCACGUCUCCCUCUCACAGAGCAGCACGUCUCCCUCUCACAGAGCAGCACGUCUCCUUCUCACAGAGCAGCACGUCUCCCUCUCACAGAGCAGCACGUCUCCCUCUCACAGAGCAGCACAUCUCCCUCUCACAGAGCAGCACGUCUCCCUCUCACAGAGCAGCACGUCUCCCUCUCACAGAGCAGCACGUCUCCUUCUCACAGAGCAGCACGUCUCCCUCUCACAGAGCAGCACGUCUCCCUCUCACAGAGCAGCACGUCUCCCUCUCACAGAGCAGCACAUCUCCCUCUCACAGAGCAGCACGUCUCCCUCUCACAGAGCAGCACUUCUCCCUCUCACAGAGCAGCACUUCUCCCUCUCACAGAGCAGCACGUCUCCCUCUCACAGAGCAGCACUUCUCCCUCUCACAGAGCAGCACGUCUCCCUCUCACAGAGCAGCACGUCUCCCUCUCACAGAGCAGCACGUCUCCCUCUCACAGAGCAGCACUUCUCCCUCUCACAGAGCAGCACGUCUCCUUCUCACAGAGCAGCACGUCUCCCUCUCACAGAGCAGCACUUCUCCCUCUCACAGAGCAGCACGUCUCCCUCUCACAGAGCAGCACGUCUCCCUCUCACAGAGCAGCACGUCUCCCUCUCACAGAGCAGCACGUCUUGCUCUUCAUUGUAAUCAGAGGGCUAAUAUUAAUACUAUGCAUGCCAGUCUCUCUUGGCUAACAGUAGAGGAGAGACUGACUGCAGUACUUCUUCUUUUUAUAAGAAACAUUCAUGUGUUGAAAAUGCAACAUUUUUGCAUAGUCAACUUACACACAGCUCUGACAUACACACUUACCCCACCAGACAUGCCACCAGGGGACUUUUCACAGUCCCCAAAUACAGAACAAAUUCAAGAAAGCGUACAGUAUUAUAUAGAGCCAUUAUUGCAUGGAACUCCCUUCCAUCUCAUAUUGCUCAAAUAAACAGCAAACCUGGUUUCAAAAAACAGAUAAAGCAACACCUCACAGCACAACGCCUCUCCUCUAUCUGACCUAGAUAGUUUGUGUGUAUGUAUUGAUAUGUUGGCCACGUCUGCCUUUUUAGUUCUGUCCUUGAUCUGUUCUUAUCUAUUAAUGUUCUGUAUUAUGUCAUGUUUCAUGUUUUGUGUGGACCCCAGGAAGAGUAGCUGCUGUUUUUUGCAACAGCUAAUGGGGAUCCUAAUAAAAUAAUAAAAAAUAAAUAAAAAAAAUCACUCAAGCUUUAUAAGUCAGCGAUUCAAUACAUUAAAAUAAACAUCUAGUUUUUUUUUAUUCUGCUCGUCUCUGUGUCUUUGUGUAGAUGGGGCCAACUGGCUGGGAUCCUUCUGCUCCCCGGUGAAGAGCUGGACCGGCUUGCUCCUGCGGCAGCCCAUAGACAUGGAGAAGAGAGAUGGGAUCCAGCGCGGCCAAGCUAGCCUGCUGGAGCUACGCAGCUACCUGUUCUGUCGGCAGUGUACCCUGCUCAUCUUCCUCCAGAGGCCCUGGGAGGUCACACAGAGAGCCUUGGAGCUGCUGCAGAACUGUGUCCAGGAGCUAUGCCUGCUGGAGGUACGGUUACCGGGUGGUGAUGGGGUACGGUUACUGGGUGAUGAUGGGAUGGGGUACGGUUACUGGGUGGUGAUGGGGUACGGUUACUGGGUGGUGAUGGGAUGGGGUACGGUUACCGGGUGGUGAUGGGGUACGGUUACUGGGUGGUGAUGGGGUACGGUUACUGGGUGAUGAUGGGGUACGGUUACUGGGUGGUGAUGGGGUACGGUUACUGGGUGGUGAUGGGAUGGGGUACGGUUACUGGGUGGUGAUGGGGUACGGUUACUGGGUGGUGAUGGGGUACGGUUACUGGGUGGUGAUGGGAUGGGGUACGGUUACUGGGUGGUGAUGGGGUACGGUUAUAGGGUGGUGAUGGGAUGGGGUACGGUUAUAGGGUGGUGAUGGGAUGGGGUACGGUUACUGGGUGGUGAUGGGAUGGGGUACGGUUACUGGGUGGUGAUGGGGUACGGUUACUGGGUGGUGAUGGGAUGGGGUACGGUUACUGGGUGGUGAUGGGGUACGGUUACUGGGUGAUGAUGGGAUGGGGUACGGUUACUGGGUGGUGAUGGGAUGGGGUACGGUUACUGGGUGGUGAUGGGGUACGGUUACUGGGUGGUGAUGGGAUGGGGUACGGUUACUGGGUGGUGAUGGGGUACGGUUACUGGGUGGUGAUGGGGUACGGUUACUGGGUGGUGAUGGGGUAUGGUUAUAGGGUGGUAAUGGGAUGGGGUAUGGUUACAGGGUGAUGAUGGGGUACGGUUACUGGGUGGUGAUGGGGUACGGUUACUUAGUGGUGAUGGGAUGGGGUACGGUUACUGGGUGGUGAUGGGGUACGGUUACUGGGUGGUGAUGGGGUACGGUUACUGGGUGGUGAUGGGAUGGGGUACGGUUACAGGGUGGUGAUGGGAUGGGGUACGGUUACUGGGUGGUGAUGGGGUACGGUUACUGGGUGGUGAUGGGGUACGGUUACUGGGUGGUGAUGGGGUAUGGUUACUGGGUGAUGAUGGGAUGGGGUACGGUUACUGGGUGAUGAUGGGAUGGGGUACGGUUACUGGGUGAUGAUGGGGUAUGGUUAUAGGGUGGUAAUGGGAUGGGGUAUGGUUACAGGGUGAUGAUGGGGUACGGUUACUGGGUGGUGAUGGGGUACGGUUACUGGGUGGUGAUGGGAUGGGGUACGGUUACUGGGUGGUGAUGGGAUGGGGUACGGUUAUAGGGUGGUGAUGGGGUACGGUUACUGGGUGAUGAUGGGAUGGGGUACGGUUACUGGGUGAUGAUGGGGUACGGUUACUGGGUGGUGAUGGGGUACGGUUACUGGGUGAUGAUGGGGUACGGUUACUGGGUGGUGAUGGGAUGGGGUACGGUUACUGGGUGGUGAGGGAUGGGGUACGGUUACUGGGUGGUGAUGGGGUACGGUUACUGGGUGAUGAUGGGAUGGGGUACGGUUACUGGGUGAUGAUGGGGUACGGUUACUGGGUGGUGAUGGGGUACGGUUUACUGGGUGAUGAUGGGGUACGGUUACUGGGUGGUGAUGGGAUGGGGUACGGUUACUGGGUGGUGAGGGAUGGGGUACGGUUACUGGGUGGUGAUGGGGUACGGUUACUGGGUGAUGAUGGGAUGGGGUACGGUUACUGGGUGGUGAUGGGGUACGGUUACUGGGUGAUGAUGGGAUGGGGUACGGUUACUGGGUGAUGAUGGGGUACGGUUACUGGGUGGUGAUGGGAUGGGGUACGGUUACUGGGUGAUGAUGGGAUGGGGUACGGUUACUGGGUGGUGAUGGGAUGGGGUACGGUUACUGGGUGGUGAUGGGAUGGGGUACGGUUACUGGGUGGUGAUGGGGUACGGUUACUGGGUGAUGAUGGGAUGGGGUACGGUUACUCUCACUCUCUUUCCCUCUCCUCUCUCUUUUUCACAGAUUUUUUAUUUUUCUAUGGGUAAAUUUCAAGCAAAUUUGCAGUGUGCUGUUAGCUAAACUGUUGUUGUUGUUGUUGUUGUGUAGGUGUCUAUGCUAGAGGGGGCGUUAGACUGCUGGGUCUUCCUCAGCUGCUUGGAGGUUCUGCACCGUAUAGAAGGCUGCUGUGACCAGGCCCAGCUAGAGGCUAAUGUCUCCCACACGGUGGGCUUGUGGGCCUAUGCUACUGACAAGGUAGGCUUCAUCCCAGGUCCCUGUCUUCUAGGCCAUAUGAGCCUGGUUCCUCUCUAGGUUUCUUCCCAGGUUCCUGUCUUCUAGGCCACAUGAGCCUGGUUCCUCUCUAGGCUUCAUCCCAGGUUCCUGUCUUCUAGGCCACAUGAGCCUGGUUCCUCUCUAGGUUUCUUCCCAGGUUCCUGCCUUCUAGGCCAUAUGAGCCUGGUUCCUCUCUAGGUUUCUUCCCAGGUUCCUGUCUUCUAGGGAGUGUUUCCUAGCCACUGUGCUUCUGCCUCUGCAUUGCUUGCUCUUUGGGGUUUUAGGUUGGGUUUCUGUAAAGCACUUUGUGACACCCGCUGAUGUAAAAAGGGCUUCAUAAAAUAUAUUUGAUUGAUUUGAAGGUAGCACAACACUAUUACAGUGGCUUGCGAAAGUAUUCACCCCCCUUGGCAUUUUUCCUAUUUUGUUGCCAUACAACCUAGAAUUAAAAUUGAUUGUUUUGGGGGGGGGGGGUUGUAUCAUUUGAUUUACACAACAUGCCUACCACUUUGAAGAUGCAAAAACAUUUUUUAUUGUGAAACAAACAAGAAAUAAGACAAAAAAACAGAACUUGAGCGUGCAUAACUAUUCACCCCCCCCCCCCAAAGUCAAUACCUUGUAGAGCCACCUUUUCAAGAAUUUCCCUGCAUUUAGCGCCAUCCAUCAUUCCUUCAAUUCUGACCAGUUUCCCAGUCCCUGUCGAUGAAAAACAUCCCCACAGCAUGAUGCUGCCACCACCAUGCUUCACUGUGGGGAUGGUGUUCUCGGGUGAUGAUAGGUGUUGGGUUUGCGCCAGACAUACCGUUUUCCUUGAUGGCCAAAAAGCUCAAUUUUAGUCUCAUCUGACCAGACUACCUUUUUUCAUAUGUUUGGGAGUCUCCCACAUGCGUUUUGGCGAACACCAAACGUGUUUGCUUAUUUUUUUUCUUUACGGAAUGGCUUUUUUCUGGCCACUCUUCCGUAAAGCCCAGCUCUGUGUAGUGUACGGCUUAAAGUGGUCGUAUGGACAGAUACUCCAAUCUCCGCUGUGGAGCUUUGCAGCUCCUUCAGGGUUAUCUUUGGUCUCUUUGUUGCCUCUCUGAUUAAUGCCCUCCUUGCCUGGUCUGUGAGUUUUGGUGGGCAGCCCUCUCUUGGCAGGUUUGUUGUGGUGCCAUAUUCUUUCCAUUUUUUAAUAAUGGAUUUAAUGGUGCUCCGUGGGAUGUUCAAAGUUUCUGAUAUUUUUUUUAGAACCCAACCCUGAUCUGUACUUCUCCACAACUUUGUCCUGACCUAUUUGGAGAGCUCCUUGGUCUUCAUGGUGCUGCUUGCUUGGUGGUGCCCCUUGCUUAGUGGUGUUGCCAAAUAUUAAGUUCUGCUUUUCUGAUGUAUCAAAUACUUAUGUCAUGCAAUAAAAUUACUUACUUAAAAAUCAUACAAUGUGAUUUUCUGGAUUUUUGUUUUCGAUUCCAUCUCUCACAGUUUAAGUGUACCUAUGAUAAAAAAUUACAGACCUCUACAUGCUUUGUAAGUAGGAAAACCUUCAAAAUCGGCAGUGUAUCAAAUACUUGUUCUCCCCACUGUAUGCAUGCACCACUUUUCCGUUAUUUAUUUUUUUUGAAUUUUUUGAAGCAAGUUAUUUUUUUCAUUUCACUUCACCAAUUUGGACUAUUUUGUGUAUGUCCAUUACAUGAAAUCCAAAUAAAAAUCAAUUUCAAUUACAGGUUGUAAUGCAACAAAAUAGGAAAAACACCAAGGGGGAUGAAUACUUUUGCAAGGCACUGUAUAUUAUAACUACUAUAACUAUACCUCAUCACUACUCCCCUUGAACUUUUCAUAUUGUUUUUCUUUCUUCUUAAUUUCUUCAACUCUUCCUUCCCUCCCUCUCUUUCCCAGCUGAAGUCUCUGGGUUAUAUGUGUGGUCUGGUGUCAGAGAAGGGUCCACUGUCUCUGGAGCUGAACAGAACUGUGGACCUGCUGGCUGGACUGGGGGAUGAGAAGCCUGAGACUGGUGAGGGGGUGGGAGGGGUGGGGGGUGGGGGGGGGGGGGGGGGGGGGGGGUUAGGGUGUCAUUGGGGAGUAUAACAAUUAUAGGCAGGAAUAAAAAACAUUAACUUGACAUAGGCUCUCAGUACAUUGACAUUGAUGAAGCAGAUGGGAUGAGGUAUAGGAUAGGGUUCUGAGCCAAAUGGUACAGAGGACUCCUCCUCCUCUUCUCUCUCUGUCUCUCCUCUCUUUCAGUCCACAGCUUGCAGAGCCCGUAUAAAAAACUGAAGGAGGCCCUGUCUUCUGUGGAGGCGUUUGAGAGACACUAUCUUGUAAGUUCAGAUAUGAAACAUGUUGGUUUGUAUGCGGUGACAGUCUUUCAGAUAAAAAGUCUGUUGGCUUGAGUCUUAAAACUAAACAGCAUCAAUUUUAUCCCCCUGUUACCUCCCUCCCUCCCUCCCUCCCUCCCUCCCCCCCCCCCCCCCCCCUCCCUCCCUCCCUCCCUCCCUCCCUCCCUCCCUCCCUCCCUCCCUCCCUACCUCCCUCCCUCCCCCCCCUCCCUCCCUCCCUACCUCCCUCCCUACCUCCCUCCCUCCCUCCCUCCCUCUCCCCUCUACCCUCCCUCCCUCCCUCCCUCCCUCCCUACCCUCCCUACCUCCCUCCCUCUCUCCCUCCCUCCCUCCCUCCCUCCCUCCCUCCCUCCCUCCCUCUCUCUCUCCCUCCCUCCCUCCCUCCCUCCCUCCCUCCCUCCCUCUGUCCAUCAGGAGUUGUCUCAUGCUGCUGUGGAGAUGUACAGGGCCAUCGGCAGGAUGAGGUCAGCGCUGCUCGUCGGAAAGAGCUUGGCAGAGUUCUACAUGUAAGAGACCGUGAUGGACGUUGGUCGUCAUUCCACUUCUCAACAAUCUGCUGCCUGGAAAUGUCUUUCUACCAUCUUCUGCACAGUCAACAAGUCAAGUACAUGACCUGUAGGAACUUCAUUUUGUGUGUGUGUGUGUGUGUGUGUGGUGUGUGUGUGUGUGUGUGUGUGUGUGUGUGUGUGUGUGUGUGUAAUAAGGAGGAAGGGUGACCCUGAGCAGGCGGAGGGCUUCUUGCAGGAUGCUCUGAGGUCAUACGUGUCAGAGGGAUGGAGUAUACCUGUCACUCACACCAGGAAGCAGAUGGCUGAGUGCCAGAAACUGCUGGGGAGGACAGAGAAGUAUCCUUUAAUCAGUCAAUCAAUGAAACCCCAAAGUGCAAGCAAUGCAGAAGCAGUAGCACAGGGGCUAGGAAAAAGUCCCUAAGAGGCAGGAACCUAGGAAGAAACCUAGAGAGGAACCAGGCUCAUAUGGCCUAGAAGGCAGGAUCCUGGGAAGAAACCUAGAGAGGAACCAGACUCAUGUGACCUAGAAGACAGGAACCUGGGAAGAAACCUAGAGAGGAACCUUCACUGGAUGUAAAUGAGUGGAAAAGUGUAAUACCAAAGAUGUCAAUUGUUGCCAUUAUGUGAUCACUUUGAAUGAAUGUCAUUCACUUCUUCUAUACUCAGAUUCAGAGAACGUUGAUGUCCUCAGAGAGGCAAUUCAUUUUGCAGCAGUCAUAACACAUAUCACAUAAAAUAAAUACAAAUAAAUACAAAUAGAAACCAACAACAAAUAGCAAAGGAUGUUUACUGCUAUAGGGUAGUAUGAAGGACCAAUGUCUUCCUCGUAGCUCAUGUUCUCAUUGCCCAUUGGCUGCCGGUUUCCUUGACAACCCACCCUUAGCUACCUGCAGACAAGCGCCUUGUUGGCAGGUGAUGCCAAUCUGACCAAUGAGGAGAGGAUCCACUUCUGUCAGGAGAUCCUGACCUUCGCCAACCAAUCAACAGACAGCAAGGGUAAGCAGCCAGUCAUAGUAGAUUAUUUGAGUUAGUCAUCAUGGUUUAGGUCCAACCCUGUUCCUGGAGAGCUACCCUCCUGUCCUGUAGGUUUUCGCUCCAACCCCAGUUUUAACUAGCCUGGGCCUCGUUCUGUUGCCAAACGUUUUCGAAUGUUGCAGAUAGAAAUGCCAUUGAUUGGAGCUGACAUGAUUCCUUAUUCUACAUGUCAGAGAGGCAUGCUUGUUCUACAUAACAUAUUUCUUUCGGAAAGUUCCAGAAUGUUGCGUCCUGCUGAACGUGCCACAGAUGAAUCUUAUCAACCAGAAUCAGGUGUGCUAGAUUAGGGUUGGAUGCCCUGAUGUAGAUCCAUCCAUUGACACGUUAUUAUAUUUCACCGUGCCCCUGUCUCUCUCCCUUCCCAUCUUAUCCCUCUGCAGCCCAGAAGGUGGCGCUCAGUAUGAGUUUGUUCGCCCAGCUCACGCAGCUGCAGUUCCGCCCGGCAACAGCCACGGUGCACUCUGGCGCCGCCCUGCAGGUGGAGUUGUGUCUGCGCAGCCUGAUGCCUGUGGCUGUGCCUCUGGAGCAGCUGUCUGUCAGUGUUCACUUAAACCUGGAGCAGGGAGGGACUAAUGGGAAGACCAGGGGGCCACAGAGACGGCCAUACCCAGGGACGGUGCUUUUCCCCCUGGAUAACUCCUCAGGGAUGCCCCCUUCCGCUGCUGGUCCUUCUCUGGAGCUGGAGGAGAUCCAGGACCGCAGCCCCUCAGACCCUCGUACGCUCAACUCCGCCGGCAUUGUGUGUAAGAACACACACCUGGUCAUGCGUCGUCAUGACAGCAGCCCGUCACCGGACACGCCCAACCUUCUCAGCCCAGUUCCUGUUGUCGUGGAUGACGGGGCACAGAUUCUAAUGAGCGGUGAUGUCACUCUGCUGCCAGGCAACAACAGCAUUGUCUUCAGUGUGCCAGUAAGACUAUUAAUAUAAUGCUGUGAUUGUAUUCUUCCACAGUACAGGGCUGUUAGUGUAACUACAGGACGUCAUUAUCACUUGAGAUUGUAGAUUGUCCAUUGACUCUUUUCUCUCUCUCUCUCUUUCUCUCCCUCUCUCUCUCCCCUGGUGUAGAGUCAGGAGCCGGGUACCUACACAUUGCGUCAGCUGUGUGCCACAGUGGGCCAGGUCCAGUUUGUCCUGCCUCACAUCUCUCCUCUGGUCCAGUACGAGGUCUAUUCUCAGGAGCCCCAGCUCACCGUGGAGCCCCUCACAGGUAUCUCUCUCUCUCUCUCUGACACAUUUAGUUUUAGUUUUAGUUAUUUACGCCAAAGAAAACAAGUGAUAGACAACAAUACAGAUAAAAACUCAUUUUAAUAAAAGGGUGUGCAGGUGUGGUUGGAAGCCCAAGGGGCUGAUAUGGGCGGCAGGUAGCUUAGUGGUUAAGAGCGUUGUGCCAGUAACCGAAAGGUCGCUGGUUCUAAUCCCCGAGCCGACUAGGUGAAAAAUCUGUCUGUGCCCUUGAGCAAGGCACUUAACCCUAAUUGCUCCUGUAAAUCGCUCUGGAUAAGACCGUCUGCUAAAUGACUAAUUAUUAUUAAUUAUUAUAUGAAAACCACACCACAAAAAAACAAUAUACAAUCUUUAAGUACAAAAAUAAAACAGGUUUGUUUAAACAGAUAACAAAACCUACUAAUUGAAACACUCAAACUUUGUCUAUGAUACACACAGUUCAAAUGACUGGUAUAAUCACACCUGUACUACCACACACCAGUGGCGGUCUGUGCCGUUUAAGAUGAGGCAGGACGAAAAAGAAAUGUUUUCAUGAGCAUGGCCUUAUUUAUAUUACAGCAUAUUGGAUGACAGUCAUUCAUAUUCCAUUCACCCAGCUCAAGGUAACAUGAUACUCAAAUUUGCCCAUAUAUAGCGUACAAUUGAAAGUUUAUAACGUAGGUGCACAGGACCAGAGACAGAUUGGGAGUCAUCAAGGUGACAGACAUUGACGCGUUCAAUACCGCCUUGCAUACUCUUGGCUGCAUCUAGCUCAGUGGUCACCAACCGGUCGAUCCCCAAGCCAUUCCUGGUCGAUCACCAAACAUUUCUGUAAAAAACCCAACGAUAAAGCCUUGCGUUCCUAUUUGUUUUAUUCGUUUCGCGCUGUUGGCGGUAGGUGCACUUGAUUCAGCAGCCCUGGCGCCGGGAAGGUGAAAUGUUCCAAUUUUGAACCAUUUCAUGUAUCUGAAGGUAGAACUGCGCCUACCCGGCAGGCCCAGAGGGCAAAUCAAGUGCACCUACAGGCCAUACCGCUGGCCAAUCAGAUAGCUCAGAUCACCGUGUCUGCACAGUUUCCUCACUCAAUAGACUGUGAAAAAGAAACCUUGAACGCACAGCAAAGUUGAAACUGUGAGAUUUAAGAACUUUUAAAACCAUGACUAGAGAGAGACUCAAUAAAUACAGCAAAGAGCUGCUGUUAUUAUCAGCAUGUUCCUGUUUAAGUUGUUAUUCAGCACUGUCAACACUUUGUUCAACACUAAAAUGCAUUCUCCCUACUUCCACUCACGCUACAACCAGCAAUGCAGCUGCAAUGAAGGAGUAUCGCAAAGUGUUCCGAUAAGCUUGCGUUGUUAUUAUUUGUGGCUUGUGUCUUUUUUUUUUAUAUCGAGGAAGUAACAACAUGAAUAAGUGCAUGAGGCAGAAAUAAUGCAGUGUGAGUUUUCGCCAUCAGCUGGAAGACUGUCCCCUUUUCUCAGCGGAGGGAGGGAGGGAGGGAGGGAGGGACGGUGAGUCGGGUGAGAGGCAGCCUCACCGCUGCUCCCUCCCUCACCUCAGACUGACUAUCAGAUGCAGGCCAUUAGUCCAGUUAAAAAAAAUAAAAAAAAUGAUUCUGCUCACUCAGUUGUGCCUCCACAAGUAAUACAACAAACGAUCUAUUACCAGUGUGAUCAUACACCUAACAUGUUGAAAUAUAAUCUCUAAAUAGUCUGAGAAGAACAACAUUGGCAGGGUAAUUCAAGCAUAGCCAAUAUGCAGUGAUAAUGUACUGGGCCUAUAGCCUACUGAACAAACCUCACUGCUACAAAACUGUUUUUAAUUGGUUAAUGUUGCAUAGGCUUACAUUUUUAAGUAAUGUUUAAAAAUUAAUCUUAGUGGUAGAUCUCGGCUUGCAUUUUGACUCCAGCAGAUCUGGGGUGUAAUAAUUUGUCCAAACAGUUGCAAAACGUUACACACUCAAACAAGAGUUUCAAAUUUAGGUAGGUGCCUCCCCCGUUUCGUUCCAUUUGCUUCCUUUAAAGGGAAACUUUGGGAUUGUGGCCCUUUAUCUACUUCCUCAGAGUCAGAUGAACAUGUGGAUACCAUUUUUAAUGUCUGUGUGUCGAAUAUGAAGGAAGUUAGAGGUAGUUUCGUGAGCCAAUCAGAUACCCGUAGACUUCCAGUCAUUGCUCACUCUCAGGAAGUAGAUAAAGGGCCUCAUUGACAAAAUCCAGAAGUAUCCCUUUUAAGAAACAUUUUGCAACAGAAUCUGCAGAAUGAAUACACCCCCUGUUCACCCGCACACAGUUCACGUUCAUAGCAGUCAAACAGCAUCAUCACUUUGCUCGUUGUAUAAUUAUUUCUCGCAUCUACGCGCUCACCUCCUCUCACCUUUUUCCCUUCGCUUGUGGACUUCAGUGCACAACACAACAGUUGUCUGUGACCAGGCGCAAAAACCUCUCCUAGCCAAACCUUCAUACCAUAAACGCUAACCGCUACACAGCUUACAUUGUUGUCACCAUAUUUAACGUUAUAGUCAACAAACUAAAACUAACGCAUUUAGUAAACCCACAAUCCAAUCAAUGUGUACAAUCACGCAUUACAGUGUACAGCAAGCAGUUUAGCCCGGGUGGCAAUAAAUUAAUAAAACCGAAAGCUUACCUAGACUUGGACGAGUUGCCGUGUUGGAUAGCCUUAGCCAGCUAGCUAGCUAGCCAACAUAUAUAGCAAUCCUCUCUGUUUGAGUCAGGUUGUUGAGUAGGCUUAAAUGAGCUGCAUUAGCUAAGUAAGUGAAAGGUAAACUAUUUUUUAUUUUUUAAACAAAAUAUAGCUAGCUCUCUCUCUCUCACUUCUCCUUCAUUUUUGAAGAAAUUAAUUUGUUCAAAACUGUUCAACUAUUGUCUUUCUCUCUCUUUGAGUCAACUACUCACCACAUGUUAUGCACUGCAGUACUAGCUAGCUGUAGCUUAUGCUUUCAGUGCUAUAUUCCGUCUCUGAUCCUUUGAUUGGGUGGACAACAUGUCAGUUCAUGCUGCAAGAGCUCUGAUAGGUUGGAGGACGUCCUCCAGAAGUAGUCAUAAUUACUGUGUAAGUCUAUGGAAGGGGGUGUAAACCAUGAGCCUCCUAGGUUUUGUAUUGAAGUCGAUGUACCAAGAGGAUGACGGAAAUAUUUCAUUGCUGUUGUUUUGUGUUAUGCAUUUGUGUUUUCUUUUGUAUAUUGUAUGUUUUGUGUUGUUGUUGGUGACUGUCAUGUAUUGGAAAUAUAAAAUACCAUUUUGAAAGGACCAUUUCAAAAACACACACUGUCUCUGUUUCAGACCAGCUGCUGGCAGGCCUCCCCCAGAGGGCAAAGGUCAGGCUGCAGACAGGUCACUACACUGUGAAGAAGGGAGACGCCCUGCAGCUCACUAACAUGGACACCAUGGCCAUCCUCUCCACCUCCUCCUGCCCUGCUACCAUCCUCAACAGCACUGCAGGUCAGAACAGAGAAAUCGUGAGAAAUGUUGUUUUCACAUAUGAAAUUCAGUUCCCUGGUUCGGUAUCUUGGAGCGUUUCUACCAAAAAAAUUCUAGAAUUCUACAAAAUACGUUUUGCUUCCACAAGCCCUGAAAAUAACAGUUUCAGGAUGCGAUUUGCGAGACGCAUAUUCUACAUGAUGUAGAAUGAUGUUUGUUUACAAUGAACGAAAAGUUACACGCGACUUGCGCCGCCGCGUCACAAUACCUGCCACUCGUUUCAGCCAGGGUUCGUUUGCGUUUCACACAUGCUUUAUAUCUCGGAUCAGGGCACUAAAUGCUCCAGGAUCCGGAUCAUACAGAGGGUAUGUGAAAGCACCCUACGUUGACCUCCUGACCCUAACUAUAGUUUCCUGCCUCUUCCAUGUCUUGCUUCUCUAUUUAGUUCCACACCAAUCAUCCUUCCUCAUCCCUCACCGAGUAUCUCUCUUCCUCUUCCUCCCCCUCCCCUCUGCAGAGCGUGUGGGUGAGAGUGUUCUGUCCGUCCAGUCGUCUGAGAAGGUGACCAGUAUCUCUCUACCUCCCACCCCUCCCUAUCACACCCUGGAGUUCCAGCUGGAGGUGCUGUGUGUUAUCCCUUCCGGCCCGGACCGGCCCGGGAACCAGAGACUCACAAACGGGGAGAUACGCCACCGGCCCCGGAGCUACAGCCACCCCGAUAACCACAUGACCGCCAUCAACCAGAGGGUACUGAGGACAGAGCUAUGUUUCAGACAAUACAUUAUCUUGUUGAUAGUAAUGCAGAAAUAAAUAAUGUAGAUAGUGCUUUCAAUGCCUUUCAGGAUUUGUUAUGCAUUGUCAAUCAAAUAUUAUUUUUCUUUAAUUUAUAAAGAAUUGAAUGGCUUAUUUUGAAUGGAGAGAAGUAACAUCUUCAGUCAUUGUCUCUGUCUGUUCUCUGUCCACAGAUCUCCAUAGACUGUCCCUGGUCCAUUUACUCCACUACUAUAUCCCUCACCUUCUACAUCCCCUUUAAGGCCAAGCACUCACUACUAUCAGCAGGGGACAAGUAAGCACUCACCUUCUACAUCCCCUUUAAGGCCAAGCACUCACUACUAUCAGCAGGGGACAGGUAAGCACUCACCUUCUACAUCCCCUUUAAGGCCAAGCACUCACUACUGUCAGCAGGGGACAGGUAAACCCUCACUACUCUCUGCAGGGGACAGGUAAACCCUCACUACUCUCUGCAGGGAACAGGUAAACCCUCACUACUGUCAGCAGGGAACAGGUAAACCCUCACUACUCUCUGCAGAGAACAGGUAAACCCUCACUACUCUCUGCAGGGGACAGGUAAACCCUCACUACUCUCAGCAGGGGACAGGUAAACCCUCACUACUAUCAGCAGGGGACAGGUAAACCCUCACUACUAUCAGCAGAGAACAGGUAAACCCUCACUACUAUCAGCAGGGGACAGGUAAACCCUCACUACUCUCUGCAGGGGACAGGUAAACCCUCACUACUAUCAGCAGGGGACAGGUAAACCCUCACUACUAUCAGCAGAGAACAGGUAAACCCUCACUACUAUCAGCAGGGGACAGGUAAACCCUCACUACUAUCAGCAGGGGACAGGUAAACCCUCACUACUCUCUGCAGGGGACAGGUAAACCCUCACUACUCUCUGCAGGGGACAGGUAAACCCUCACUACUCUCAGCAGGGGACAGGUAAACCCUCACUACUAUCAGCAGGGGACAGGUAAACCCUCACUACUAUCAGCAGAGAACAGGUAAACCCUCACUACUAUCAGCAGGGGACAGGUAAACCCUCACUACUCUCUGCAGGGGACAGGUAAACCCUCACUACUAUCAGCAGGGGACAGGUAAACCCUCACUACUAUCAGCAGAGAACAGGUAAACCCUCACUACUAUCAGCAGGGGACAGGUAAACCCUCACUACUAUCAGCAGGGGACAGGUAAACCCUCACUACUCUCUGCAGGGGACAGGUAAACCCUCACUACUCUCUGCAGGGGACAGGUAAACCCUCACUACUCUCUGCAGGGGACAGGUAAACCCUCACUACUCUCUGCAGGGGACAGGUAAACCCUCACUACUCUCUGCAGGGGACAGGUAAACCCUCACUACUCUCAGCAGGGGACAGGUAAACCCUCACUACUAUCAGCAGGGGACAGGUAAACCCUCACUACUAUCAGCAGAGAACAGGUAAACCCUCACUACUGUCAGCAGGGAACAGGUAAACCCUCACUACUCUCUGCAGGGGACAGGUAAACCCUCACUACUAUCAGCAGGGGACAGGUAAACCCUCACUACUAUCAGCAGGGGACAGGUAAACCCUCACUACUAUCAGCAGGGGACAGGUAAACCCUCACUACUAUCAGCAGAGAACAGGUAAACCCUCACUACUAUCAGCAGGGGACAGGUAAACCCUCACUACUCUCUGCAGGGGACAGGUAAACCCUCACUACUAUCAGCAGGGGACAGGUAAACCCUCACUACUAUCAGCAGAGAACAGGUAAACCCUCACUACUAUCAGCAGGGGACAGGUAAACCCUCACUACUAUCAGCAGGGGACAGGUAAACCCUCACUACUCUCUGCAGGGGACAGGUAAACCCUCACUACUCUCUGCAGGGGACAGGUAAACCCUCACUACUAUCAGCAGGGGACAGGUAAACCCUCACUACUCUCAGCAGGGGACAGGUAAACCCUCACUACUAUCAGCAGGGGACAGGUAAACCCUCACUACUAUCAGCAGAGAACAGGUAAACCCUCACUACUAUCAGCAGGGGACAGGUAAACCCUCACUACUCUCUGCAGGGGACAGGUAAACCCUCACUACUAUCAGCAGGGGACAGGUAAACCCUCACUACUAUCAGCAGAGAACAGGUAAACCCUCACUACUAUCAGCAGGGGACAGGUAAACCCUCACUACUAUCAGCAGGGGACAGGUAAACCCUCACUACUAUCAGCAGGGGACAGGUAAACCCUCACUACUAUCAGCAGGGGACAGGUAAACCCUCACUACUCUCUGCAGGGGACAGGUAAACCCUCACUACUCUCUGCAGGGGACAGGUAAACCCUCACUACUCUCUGCAGGGGACAGGUAAACCCUCACUACUAUCAGCAGGGGACAGGUAAACCCGGGGACAAAAACAACACCUAGCCCAGGGGUAUUCAAAUCUUACCCUACGAGGUCCAGAGUACUGCUGGUUUUCUGUUUGUAGAUCUGAAAGGACCUGACCUUUUGACCUCUUACCCCUUGACUUGACCCACAGGAAGUACAUCCAGGUGUGUCUGCAGAACGUGUCAGAUAUGAACUUUCACCUGAUGGACCAGAGGCUAACGGAGAAACAUCAGGAGUCCUCUCUGGAGCUGCAGUCUCUCAACACUAAAGCACAACAGGUAACUUUAACAAUGAACCAUCAUAAGAGCCAUAAGCUCGGACAAGGCUCAAUAUCAGCAAUAUUCCAAUAGCCCUAUUUUUAUCACAGAUUUAAAGAUCUUGACUUUUGUCACGUGGUUCUCUCUCUCUAGUUGGUGUGCAGUCAGCAGAGUGUGUACUGCCUAUGGGAUGUGAGGUGGAAGGAAGACAUGGCACUCUGUCUACAGUGUGUGUUCUCUGCCAGCUUCUCUGCCGCUUCUGAGGAAGUCUCAGCCUUCAAACCCUACCACUACGAGUUUCAACUGGAGAGAGUGACAGUGAGUAGCCUAAUGUACCUGGUACCUACCUGAUCCUAUCAGCUUAAAGGCCCAGUGUAGUCAAAAUUUAUAUUUUACCUGUGUUUUUGUAUCGUAUUGUACAACAGCUGAUGAAACUAACACUGUAAAAGUGUGAAACAUUUUCAUCAGUGUUAUUUCAUGAUCAUUUCUGAUUGAAAAUACAAUCUACACAGGACCUACUAAUCAGCAGGUUUGCAUGGGUGUAGUUUUGGCUUGCCUGGAAACAGGCGGUAUAAGUUAUAGACCAAUAACAGAGUUUCUCUGCCAAUAACAGCUCGUUUUCAGGUUACAUAUCCCUCCCAUUAGGCUCAUCCAAUUAGGCCCCUCAUUCAGACCACUCCCAGACAGAGCAAAAUUAUUGCUUUAGCUUUUUGCUAAACAGUUAUUUUUGUUUCUUUUUUACCAUCUUUAUUGUUACCAAGAAAUGACUUGAUAGUGCGAUAAAAAUGGCUACGGCCUUUAAUACUCUGAUACAAGCCACUCAAUCUAAUGAGUUAUUAUUACUGUGUUCUACUCUAUAUCUGUGUUGUACUCUACUGUGUUCUACUCUACUGUGUUCUACUCUACUGUGUUCUACUCUAUAUCUGUGUUCUACUCUACUGUGUUCUACUCUACUGUGUUCUACUCUAUAUCUGUGUUCUACUCUACUGUGUUCUACUCUACUGUGUUCUACUCUACAUCUGUGUUCUACUCUACUGUGUUCUACUCUACAUCUGUGUUCUACUCUACAUCUGUGUUCUACUCUACAUCUGUGUUCUACUCUACAUCUGUGUUCUACUCUACUGUGUUCUACUCUACAUCUGUGUUCUACUCUACUGUGUUCUACUCUACAUCUGUGUUCUACUCUACUGUGUUCUACUCUAUAUCUGUGUUCUACUCUACUGUGUUCUACUCUACAUCUGUGUUCUACUCUACUGUGUUCUACUCUACAUCUGUGUUCUACUCUACUGUGUUCUACUCUACAUCUGUGUUCUACUCUACAUCUGUGUUCUACUCUACUGUGUUCUACUCUAUAUCUGUGUUCUGCAGAGUUGGGGUAAAUUGGAAUUAAAGUCAGUCAAUUCAGAAAGUAAACCGGAACUCCUAUUCAAUAAUAGGGCAUCUAUUUUCAAUCACUUCUUAGUAAACUGAAAAGUAGAAGAUAUUUAUUUCAAAAGUUGUUCCAUUUUAUUUUUAUUUUAAAUUCAAAUCAGUUGCUGAAUUGACUGCCUUCAAUUCCAAAUGGACCCCAACCCUGGUGUGUUGUUUCCAAAUGGACCCCAACCCUGGUGUGUUGUUUCCAAAUGGACCCCAACCCUGGUGUGUUGUUUCCAAAUGGACCCCAACCCUGGUGUGUUGUUUCCAAAUGGACCCCAACCCUGGGGUGUUGUGUUUUCCAAAUGGACCCCAAACCCUGGUGUGUUGUGUUUCCAAAUGGACCCCAACCCUGGUGUGUUGUGUUUCCAAAUGGACCCCAACCCUGGUGUGUUGUGUUUCCAAAUGGACCCCAACCCUGGUGUGUUGUGUUUCCAAAUGGACCCCAACCCUGGUGUGUUGUGUUUCCAAAUGGACCCCAACCCUGGUGUGUUGUGUUUCCAAAUGGACCCCAACCCUGGUGUGUUGUGUUUCCAAAUGGACCCCAACCCUGGUGUGUUGUUUCCAAAUGGACCCCAACCCUGGUGUGGUUGUUUCCAAAUGGACCCCAACCCUGGUGUGUUUGUUUUCCAAAUGGACCCCAACCCUGUUGUGUUUGUUUCCAAAUGGACCCCAACCCUGGUGUUUGUUUCCAAAUGGACCCCAACCCUGGUGUGUUGUUUCCAAAUGGACCCCAACCCUGGUGUGUUGUUUCCAAAUGGACCCCAACCCUGGUGUGUUGUUUCCAAAUGGACCCCAACCCUGGUGUGUUGUUUCCAAAUGGACCCCAACCCUGGUGUGUUGCGUUGCCAAAUGGACCCCAACCCUGGUGUGUUGUGUUGCAGACGCUGUACAGCGUGAGGGCUGAGAUCACGCCUGCGGCUGGUGAAAAACACUGUCACUCUGGCUCCCUCUGUGGGCUGGAGAUGUCCAUCACACGACUGGCUGAACCUGAUGAUGAUGAUGAUGAUGAUGAUGAGAAUGAUGGAGAGACCGAUGAGGUCUGCUCCUCCAAGCUCAUGUAUGAAGGUAAGUGUGCAUAAAUCCAUAAAGUGGGUUUACUUCAAGUGGUGGAUUAUAGUCGUGUGUGAGAGUGUGAGAGUGUGAGAGUGUGAGAGUGUGAGAGUGUGAGAGUGUGAGAGUGAGAGAGUGAGAGAGUGUGAGAGUGAGAGGUGUGAGAGAGUGUGAGAGAGUGUGAGAGUGAGAGAGUGUGAGAGUGAGAGGUGUGCACAUUAAAUGCGUCUCUAUUGUCCUCCAGUGGCAGACAGCGGCGGUAGCUGGGUGGUGUGUGGGAGAAGCUCAGGACUGGUGUCCAUGCCAGCGGAUGCUAAUGCCAACCACAGGGUACAGGUUGAGUUGAUGCCCCUGUUCGCUGGCCACCUGCCAUUCCCUGACAUCAAGGUGUUUAAGUACCUGCCUCCCAGUGCUAACUCCGCCAGCCAACCUGAUACAGGUGAGUCCUACCUCCGUCCUUCAGGCUCUCUCCUCCUCUCACUGAGGCUUGGCUCUCACAGGGUUAAGUCCUAACUUGACGUGUGCAUGUGACUUCAAUAUUCAUGCAGAUAUACCAUUGACAUGAAUGUAUGUAUUUAUUUUUAUUUUUAUGCAUUGUGUCAGGUGUUAACUCCCCCUUUACCCUUCUGUCCACAGACGGCUGUGUAGAGAACGACACCCUCUCCCUGCUGGACCGGCCUCUGGACGACCAGGGGGACACGGCUAGCAUCCGUAGCCGGGGAAGUGUCCACUCUGUGGGCAGCGGGGAGCAGCAGCCCAGGGGUCUCCCCAUGCCUCGCCUGGAGCCCUUCAGCCGGGGACAGGUCUUCAACCACAGCCAGGGAUGCCAGGUCCUGGUGCUGCCCUCUACGGAUGACCACGUUCUGGAGAUCAAUGCUACGUGA